AUGCAUUUUAAACAUAUUUACGGGUGUCUAAUAUAUUUUCCUAUGACGACUCACAAAUUUUGUUCAGCUCUUAUUUUUUUGUUGUUAGGUUUGGCACUAUGUUCUGCCAGAAAAUCACUUCUUUCACUUGAGGGACACGUUUAUGGUGGUGUUGUAGCCGGUGGUGGUGGCUCGGGUGGUGGUGGUGGUUCGGGAUAUGCUGGUGUUGGGGAACAUGGUGGUAGCGGGUUUGCUGGGGGUGCUGGUAGUGGAGAAGGUGGUGGUGCUGGAUAUGGUGGCGUUGCUGGAAUAGGUGGUGGAGGUGGUGGUGGUAGUGGUGGAGGUGGUGGUGCUGCCCAUGCUGGUGGAGCUAGUGGUGGUGGUGGUUAUGCUAGUGGAGGUGGUGAAGGAGGUGGUGCGGGUUAUGGUGGUGCUAGUGGAGGUGGUGCAGGAGGUGGUGGCGGGAAAGGAGGUGGUGGGGGUGCUGCAUCUGCUGGAGGUGCUAGUGGUGCUGGGUAUGGAGGUGGUGGUGGUGAAGGAGGUGGUGCUGGCUAUGGGGGAGCUGGUGGAGCUGGUGGAGGAGGAGGCGGUGGGAAAGGAGGUGGUGGUGGCGCUGCCUCUGCUGGAGGUGCUAGUGGUGCUGGACAUGGAAGUGGUGGAGGUGAAGGUGGUGGUGCUGGAUAUGGUGGUGGUGGUAAGGGGGCCGGUGGAGGAGGAGGAGGCGGUGGUGGAGCUGGUGGUGGAGGUGGAGCUGCAUCAGGCGCUGGAGGAUAUGGAGGAGGUGAAGGAGGUGGUUCUGGCGGAGGCUAUGGUGCUGGAGGUGCUGCAGGACAUGGAGGUGGAGGAGGUGGAGGUGGAGGUAGUGGUGGUGGUGGUGGAGCCGGUUAUGCCGCUGGAGGAGCUAGUGGAGGUGGAUAUGGAAGUGGUGGAGGAGAAGGAGCAGGUCAUGGAGGCGGAGCAGGUGCCUCGGGUGGUGGAGGAGGCGGUGGUUCUGGUGGUGGAGGCGGCUAUGCUGCAGGAACACAUGCAGGAGGAAGCGGUGCCGGUGGUGGAAGCGGCGAAGGUGGUGGCUAUGCUCCUUAAGAAUACAUUAUCACGGCCUGCUUAUGAUUAUCUAGACAAGAAAUGUCAAUAUAAAAUAAGGAAACCCUUAAUAUGUGUUACUAUAAGAAAGCCAAAUGGUUUUUCUCAUAAUUGUCUAAAUUAGUAAGUAAUUAAAAUGAGCUUUUGUUUUAAAUUGUAAUGCUUUGUGCUAUAAGUAAAUGAAAUUAAUUUAAAAUAUAUGAUUAUUGGAUAUCA